AAUGUCCUACCAAAGCAGAGAGAGGUCCGAGGCGGUCAAGUCUCUGACCCAGGACGACCUGGAGGAGAUCCGUGAGGCCUUCAAGCUCUUCGACACCGACGACUCCGGAAAGAUCGAUGCGGACGAGCUGAAGGUUGCGAUGCGUGCGAUGGGGUUCGAGCCCAAGCGCGACGAGGUGCGCAAAAUGAUCCAGGAGUCGGAUAAGGACGGGACCGGACAGAUCCCGUUCGAGACCUUCCACUCGGUGAUGGCCGUCAAGAUGUCGCAGCGAGACUGCCGCGAGGAGGCCAUCAAGGCGUUCCGACUAUUCGACGACGACGAGACGGGGCGCAUCUCGCUCAAGAACUUGCGGCGCGUCGCCAAGGAGCUGGGCGAGAACAUGACGGACGGCGAGCUGCAGCAGGUCAUCGACCACUGCGGCGGCCCCGAGAUCUCGAUGGAGGACUUUUGCAACGUGCUGCUCAAGGCGCAGGCAAAGCAGCAGGCGGAGAGCCGCAAGGCCUCGAAAUGAUACCCCCCGCUCGGCGGAGGAGGGGGACGGAGUCUUGUGAGUUCGAGUGGUGUCUGUUCGUACGAGAGCGGUACGUCGCGUUGUCCGUGGGCAUCGCGCGCGCGGCGAGUGUGGUGGGGGGGGAGCGCCGCGCGCAGCACGCUCGGGGGGGGGGGGUCACCCGUCGAGCGUCGGUCGCAUGUGUCUCGAGGUACGAGGAGUUUUUCUGGUGGGGUCGAUUGGCGGGGCAUCGAUUAUGAUUUAUGUUUACUUCCCGCUGUUUU